AUUUAGAUAAUUUCAUUAUAAUAAAUAAAUAAAUAACAUAUAAAAAAUGACAAAUGCUUUAGAAAAAUUAAAAGAAUUCACUGUAGUCGUUGCUGAUACAGCUGAUUUUGAAGUUUUAAAAAAUUAUGGUUCACAAGAUUCAACUACUAAUCCAUCAUUAGUUUUUCAAGCUGCCAGUAAUCCAAAAUACAAACAUUUAGUAGAUAAUGCUAUCGAAUAUGUUAAAUCUAAACAAGGUUUAAGCCCAAAAGAAAAAUUAUCAUUAGCUAUUGAUAAACUUUUUGUAAAUUUUGGUGUUGAAAUUUUAAAGAUUGUACCAGGUCGUGUCUCAACUGAGGUAGAUGCUCGUCUUUCAUACGAUAUCGAAGGUAAUGUCAAGAAGGCCCGUGAAUUAAUUGCUCUCUACAAAGAAGCUGGUAUUGAAAAAGAACGUGUUCUCAUCAAAUUAGCCUCAACAUGGGAAGGUAUUCAAGCUGCUAAAAUCCUUGAAGAAGAAGGUAUCCAUUGUAACUUAACUUUAUUAUUCUCUUUGGUCCAAGCUGCUGCUUGUGCUGAAGCUAAGGUUACCUUAAUCAGUCCAUUUGUUGGUCGUAUUACCGAUUUCUAUAAACAAAAACAAAAUGUUAGUGGUUUUGAAGCCUCAAAAGAUCCAGGUGUCAUUAGUGUCCAAACUAUUUUUGCCUACUACAAGAAAUAUGGUUACAAAACUUCAGUUAUGGGUGCCUCAUUCAGAAAUAAGGAACAAACCACCGAAUUAGCUGGUUGCGACCUUUUAACCAUCUCACCAAAUCUUUUGGAAGAAUUAAAGAAUACCGAUAGCUCUGUCGUUGUCAAGAAACUUGAUGCCAACAAUUUACCAUCAAACAUCCCAGAAAAAUUCGUUCCAGAUCAAAAAACUUUCUUAUACGAAUUAAAUGAUAAUGAAAUGGCCUACUUCAAAACUGGUGAAGGUAUCCGUAAAUUUGCUGAGGAUUUAAUCAAAUUAGAAAAACAAAUCGAACCAUUAUUAAAUUAAAAACAAAUAAAUAAUUGGUUUUAAUGUUGUAAAAAGAAAUUAUAAAAAUAAAAUAAAUUGUAAAAACUUUUUAUUUUUUUUUUUUUUUAAAU